GAGUUGUGAGGCGUCUCCAGGUGUUAGUCUAUUCCCACCGCCGUUAAUCUGCGCUCUCUGUUUCUCUCUCUCUGCACAGAGACUUCACUGACCAUGUGUGACUUUCCGUGGUGAGAACGGGACGCCCGCUCUGUGAAACAGCGCCGGAUGGAUGGAUGGAUGUGUAGGUUCUAGGGCGCGCUGGAAUAACACAGUGAACUGACAGAGCAUCUGCUCGGCUCUUUUGUCUGGAGUUUGGUGGGUUUUUUCUCUGGAAUUGUUACAUUUUAGCGGUGGGAACGUGCAGCGUUUAUUCCUCAGGCUCUGAUCACCUGCUAUGUGUCUGGUGUGGAAAAUACCUGGCGGAAGGUGCACAGCGGGAUCCAGUCUGGGAGGACAGGACAUCUGCAACUGAUAAAGCUCCGUUUCUUCUUUAUUUCCUUUUUUUUAACCUGUGCGUAAUGUACGUGGAAUGAAGACAGAGGAUGGAUAUAAUUUGGGAAAUAUUGAUCAUCCUUCAAGCCAAUUUUAUCGUCUGCAUAUCAGCACAGCCGAACCCGCCGAAAAUUCACGAAGGAUGGUGGGCGUACAAGGAGGUGGUGCAGGGGAGCUUUGUUCCAGUGCCGUCCUUCUGGGGGCUGGUAAACUCUGCCUGGAACCUGUGCUCAGUGGGGAAGAGGCAGUCGCCAGUCAACAUCGAGACCAGCCACAUGAUCUUUGACCCUUUCCUUACGCCCAUAAAGCUGAACACAGGCGGACGCAAGGUGGGAGGGACGAUGUACAACACUGGCCGCCACGUCUCUCUGCGACUGGACAAGGAGCAUCUGGUUAAUAUUUCUGGAGGGCCGAUGACGUACAGCCAUCGUCUAGAGGAGAUCAGGCUACACUUCGGCAGUGAGGACGGCCAGGGCUCCGAACACCUGCUGAACGGACAGGCCUUCUCUGGAGAGGUUCAACUGAUCCACUACAACCAUGAGCUGUACACAAAUUAUACAGAAGCUGCUAAAAGCCCCAAUGGAUUGGUCAUAGUGUCUAUAUUCAUGAAGAUUGCUGAGACAUCAAACUCAUUCCUGAAUCGAAUGCUGAACAGAGACACCAUCACAAGAAUAACAUAUAAAAACGAUGCGUAUCUACUGACCGGCCUGAACAUAGAGGAGAUAUACCCAGAGACCAGUAGUUUUAUCACAUAUGAUGGAUCGAUGACCAUCCCUCCAUGCUUUGAGACAGCCACAUGGAUCCUGAUGAACAAGCCUGUGUACCUCACACGCAUGCAGAUGCACUCCUUGCGGCUGCUGAGCCAGAACCAGCCGUCUCAGAUCUUCCUGAGCAUGAGUGACAAUGUUCGCCCGGUCCAGCCGCUCAAUAACCGCUGCAUCCGCACCAAUAUCAACUUCAGCAUGCAGGGCAAAGACUGCCCCAACAACAGGGCUCAGAAGCUGCAGUACCGAGUGAACGAGUGGUUGCUAAAGUAGCCUCCCUUGGAUGAGCAUGGAGAUGAGUGUCAGAGAUGGAGAGCGGGACGAGGCAGGAGGGGGCAGGAGGAGGGAGAGAUUUGAAACCUGGGCUUAAGGCUGCAUCUCAUCUAAGGUUUAUAUCAUGGCAUUGUAUAAAGACAAAACAACACCGGACAUUAUACGAAUUAACGGAACUCUGCAUUGCGGGCAAAGAGAUUCUUUUCAUACAUCGAGAACAGUUUGAACCUUCGAUCUAACACAUGCUAACAAGCCCUUUCCCCUACUGUACAACUAUAUCUAUACGGACAUUUUGAUACUUUUUUGGGAGAAAAACCAAAAAAAGACACUUUGAAACAAACUAAAAAAAAUAAUAAAGCGUGGAAGCAUUUAUUUGAUAGCCUCCCAACCAAUAGGACAACGUUGGGACUUUAAAGCCUUUGUACAUAAAAAUUGUUGCUAUCAGUGGGGAAAUCCAAGGACUAAGUCACUGCCCCCAUCCUACUGGUCAAGACGAAGUGGUCUUCAAACUCUCACACCAACGUUUCAUCACAGUCACCAACAAGGCAUGCGAACAGCAAAAACCAACUGAGAGGGAGCACAGCCUUACCUUGUCAUUUUCCAAAACUAGUCAUGUCAUGGGAGACAAAUAUUUAGAGGCUUUCUUAGAGCCUCAGAGCAACCAGUGUCUUGGCCUCGUUUGUACAUAUUAUAAUUAUCAAUACUGCAGAAAAAUGAAUAUGUAAAGAAAAGUAAUGAAUUUAACAUUCAAAAGAUAUAUUAAGAGGAUUAAAAAAAAAAAAAAGAAACAGUUGAAAAUUUUAAAAAGCUUGGCGCACUUUGAAGUCUGGAGCAGCUCUCAGGCGGAGCUGAUGCCUUUUUUUCUGUUUUAUUGUUUACAAUGGUCAUACACUGUGUUUGAGUAAUGUUAUCAGCCCAAUAAAUGUGUCUGGAAAGUUCACUUUUGGAAAAUGCUUCACUAUAUGAGGAUCUGACUUAUUGUACCUGUACCUGUUUUGUACUGU